AUGGACGAGUGUCUGAGCGCAUGUGACGAUAGUCAUGCUGUAUGCAAGCAGGCAGUGAACAAGCCAUUACCGAAAAGAGUCUUGGAUGUCCGUGAGGAGAAGGUGAGACUUUGUCAUACAGCUGGUCAGUCUGGAAACUACUGUGCACUGUCUUACCGAUGGGGACCACCCGAGGAGACGUUGCGGACUACGGACAACAACAUCAAUGACAUGAUGAGCGGGAUAGAGCUGUCGUCAUUUCCUAAACUACUCCAAGACGCUGUGACCCUGACGCGUCAGCUAAACGUGCCAUAUCUCUGGAUCGAUGCUCUUUGUAUCAUUCAAGGAAACAAACAAGAUUGGGAGGCCGAGGCACCAAAGAUGGGGGAAUAUUACAAGAACGCUAUCCUCACAAUAGCUGCGUCAUUGGCAAAUCAAGUCUCGGAGAAGUUUCUCGUACCACGAGAAGAAAUCCCUCAAGAGCACUUAUCAAACUUUGGCUUCACCAACGCCGAUGGAACUACAUCCCAAGUAGUAGUGCGGCGAGUUCCCGACUACGCUGGAAUUCCCUUAGUCGCAAACUCCCCGCUCUCCACACGAGCAUGGACAUGGCAAGAGAACGUCCUGUCAACGCGUAUCGCCCACUUCUCAAAAACUGAACUUGUAUGGGAAUGUCGAGCACAGCAGGCGUUUGAGAAUGGUGCCAAGCUUUGGUGCUCUGUUGGUCUGGCAUAUCGAUAUGCCUUCGCAGGCGACGACGCGGAAUAUUAUUGGAAAGCCCUGGUUACAGAUUAUUCUAAGCGGGAGCUCACGUACGAAAGCGAUAGACUUCCUGCUAUCAGCAGCGUUGCUUCACUUUUCAACACGUUUGUUCCUGGCCGGUAUCUUGCGGGUGUUUGGGAGCAGUGGCUAUUCUCUGAUCUGGCGUGGUGGCCAUCUUGGGGUUUUGACAAUCAAGUUCCACCAGUGUCUAAGAAGCAAAGCGAGAUGCCGAGUUGGUCUUGGGCAUCGAUCACGGGACAGGUUCACUUUGCUCUCGAGACAUGCGUGAACAGCGAUGAGCUUUCUGCCAUUAAACUCAUCGACGUGGACUGUGCCUCAACUAGCAGUAAUGCUUUCAUGCAACCCAAAGAGAAUUCAUCAAUCAUUGUUGAGGCACCACUUUGUCAGGUGGAGAUAUCCAGUGAAGAUGUUCUCCAUGUUGGUGACUACCAAAUCAACGAGAAGGCAGAUACUUGGGCAGUGAAGAAUAUCUUCAAAGACAUGCGGGGAACAUUUAAUACCGUCCGCCCUGAUGCGGUUCUGCUACCAGAUGGCGAGGUAACGACAAAGCAGGGGACAUUCACGAGUGUUCGGAGAUCACGAAAAGAUGAGUUCUGGUUGGUUCUUUCGCCUGUGAUGGAACAGGAGGGCCAGUACAUAAGCUUGAGGCGCCUGGGACUAUUCGGCCAAGGGUCACGAAUGCCAAUGCGGGUUAAGAUGAGUAGACUCAAGUUGCGCGUGGUCAGGGGGUCCAGGCUGAGCUCGAAUUCAGAACGUAUUGUUGAACGGCGCACAGAUGGAUGGACUUCUGGCCCGCAACAUAUUCAGUGA